AUGCUGCCUCCCACAGCUCUCACUAGCAUGUCCUGGAUGCUACUCUCCUGCCUGAUGCUCUUAUCUCAGGUGCAAGGUGAAGAUGCCAAGGAAGAUGUCCCCUCUUCACGAAUCAGCUGCCCCAAGGGCUCCCAAGCCUAUGGCUCCUAUUGCUAUGCCUUGUUCAAGAUACCUAAAUCCUGGUUUGAUGCAGAUCUGGCUUGCCAGAAGAGGCCCUCAGGUCACCUUGUGUCUGUGCUCAGUGGAUCUGAGGCUUCCUUUGUGUCCUCUAUGGUUAAAAGAAGUGCAAACAGUGGCCAAUAUGUGUGGAUUGGGCUCCAUGACCCAACACUGGGCCAAGAACCCAAUGGAGGUGGAUGGGAGUGGAGUAAUGCUGAUGUGAUGAAUUACCUCAACUGGGAGGUAGUUCCUUCCAGUGCUUCAGGCGGUUACUGUGGCAGCCUGUCAAGAAGCUCAGGAUAUCUGAAGUGGAGAGAUAAUUAUUGUGACUUGGAGUUACCCUAUGUCUGCAAGUUCAAAGCCUAG